UUGUUGUAUGGACAUGACAUACACAAUUUGACAUGGUGGAAGUCGAUAUUGCAAUUGGACAAACUUUGUUGGUCAAUCCAAGUGGUUAAGUUCACAUCGACGGGGAACAAAGACAAAAGAAUAGAGUACCGGAGAAAUUGUAGAGUUUGACGGAGUGAUCGAUGGAUCCGAGGCAAGGCAAGUGGAAUUGGGGCUAAGCCAGGGUCGACGGUGUUGUCGUCGGAGUCUGCGAACGGAUUUGAGGAGGAAGCGAAGGUGCGAUUAUUCGGAGUUGAGGAAAAGAAGAAAGUAGAAGAAGGUUUAGUAGCUGGGAACAGAAGAAGAAGGAGUACGAAGGUAAAAUUGUCAUUUCAUCGCAUCUUUGGGGUGUAGCGAGAAAAAAAUGGGGUGCAGGAAGCAAUGGCAGCAUUAUCUUGGUUGUUACCAUUAAAAGUCAAUAAGGGUCUAUUUCCAUAUUUGGUCUAACAUGACCUCAACUUAUGGUGUGAUCGUCAUCACCACAGCCUCCUCCAGCUGCUCUCGCGUUGCUUUGCUACUGCAUUAUCUUGCGAGUUGAUGGGCAUGAGAAAAUUAUGUUACCAAGAGAGAAGAAUUGAAGCGAGAAGGGGUGUGAAGAAAGGGGUAAAGUGGGAACUUCAAAUGACUAAAAAUGUUAGGGGUGUUAAAGUUAGGGGUGUUAAAAGGAAGAAUGGGGUGUGAAUAGUAUGUUGGGCGUUGUCAACGGUACGAAGGUCGAAAGUGGAAUAUUGUAUGUAGAUCAAAUAAUCAAAAUUGAACGACUUUCAAAUUCAACUCUCUAUUUCUUCAAAUGCUCCAAGUAUGCGUCAAUGAUAUGAAUUUUGGAUACGCUCAGAAGAUCUGGUAGGAAAAAGGCAAGAUCGAACACCUCGAACAGACCUUCGUUUGAAAAAAUGACGGGGGAUGAAGGCCCAAGCUACACAGUAGAUGAUGCUCUAGUGGCUGUGGGUUUUGGAAAUUUCCAAAUUCUGGUGCUUGUUUAUGCUGGUGUUGGUUGGGUUUCAGAAGCAAUGGAAAUGAUGCUACUCUCUUUUGUAGGCCCUGCAGUUCAAGCUGCAUGGAGUCUUUCCGCUCACGAAGAGAGUUUGAUAACCAGUGUGGUUUUUGUAGGCAUGCUAAUCGGAGCAUACUCAUGGGGCGUUGUUUCUGAUAGAUAUGGAAGGAGGAAAGGAUUCCUUAUCACAGCGACAGUUACAGCCAUAGCUGGUUUUCUUAGUGCAUUUGCUCCUAACUAUAUAUUAUUAAUUGCCCUUCGUUCUGUGGUCGGUGUUGGUUUGGGAGGUGGACCUGUAUUAUCAUCUUGGUUUCUAGAGUUUGUUCCUGCUCCCAACAGAGGUACCUGGAUGGUUAUCUUUUCAGCAUUUUGGACUAUUGGUACCAUUUUUGAAGCCUCACUUGCAUGGAUUGUGAUGCCAAAUCUGGGUUGGAGAUGGCUUCUUGCGCUGUCUUCUCUUCCCACCUCUUUCCUUCUUCUGUUCUACAAAGUGACUCCUGAAUCACCAAGAUACCUAUGCUUGAAAGGAAGAAAAGCUGAGGCAAUUGAAGUUUUGGAAAAAAUAGCAAGAGUAAAUGGAAGAGAACUUCCUUCCGGUAACCUUGUCUCUGACCACGAAAUUGAGCUACAGCAAAUUGAUAACCCUUCAGAGGACGCACGCUUGCUCUCUCCGAGAACAAAUGAAAUUAAACAUCCUUCAGGAAUGGAUUCAAAUUUAGGUGGUAUCUCAUCAUUGUCGGUGCUUCUCUCACCAAAGUUGGCAAGGUCAACAGUUCUAUUAUGGGCUGUGUUCUUUGGUAAUGCCUUUUCGUAUUAUGGCCUUGUUUUGUUGACAACUGAGCUGAACGGACAUAGUAAAUGCAUGUCACAUAAAUUGCAGACAGAGAAGUCCCAGGAUGUUGGAUACAAGAGUGUUUUUAUUGCCAGUUUUGCAGAGAUACCUGGACUCCUCUUGUCAGCUGUGGCAGUCGACAAACUCGGUCGUAAACUAUCAAUGUCAACCAUGUUCUUCAUGUGCUGUAUUUUUCUUCUUCCGUUGGUAUUCCAUCUGCCUGAAGGCUUAACAACGGGCCUUUUAUUUCUCGCUCGCAUUUGCAUCACAGCGACCUUCACAAUUGUGUAUAUAUAUGCACCAGAGAUGUACCCAACAUCAGUCAGAACAACUGGUGUGGGAAUUGCAAGUUCGGUGGGCAGAAUUGGUGGAAUGAUAUGUCCUCUGGUUGCUGUGGGUUUAGUACAUGAAUGUCAUCAAACUGCGGCUAUCCUUCUGUUUGAGAUCAUAAUACUUUUUUCAGGAAUAUGUGUCAUGUUUUUACCGAUUGAGACCAUGGGCCAGGAACUGAGAGAUAGUGUGCAAGUCUAAAGCAGACCAACAGCAUAUACACAUAAUGAGGUCUAUUUCUUGAACUUUUGAAUCAUGAAAAUAUACAAGCAAAUUGUUGUUCUGCCCUUGGAGAAGACGAGCAGAACGGCAGUAGAAAAUUGGAGAAGAAGCAACUAUAGGGCAAGUGUUCUGCUUUCUAAAAAACUUCUGUCAUUCUACUUCUUAGUUCAUUAUAUUUGAACCAUUUUAAUUA